AUGUCUGCUGCCGGUUAUGAUAGGCACAUUACCAUUUUCUCGCCUGAGGGUCGUCUUUACCAAGUCGAAUAUGCGUUCAAGGCCACAAAUCAGACGAACAUCAACUCAUUGGCGAUCAGGGGAAGCAAUUGUAGCGUGGUGAUAAAUCAAAAGAAGGUUCCAGACAAGCUACUGGACCCAUCAACCGUUUCAUUCUUGUUUCAAAUCUCGAAGCACGUUGGAAUGGUGGCCAAUGGUCCUAUUCCAGAUGCCAGAAACGCAGCAUUGCGCGCCAAAGCUGAAGCUGCCGAGUUUCGCUACAAAUACGGUUACGACAUGCCUUGUGACGUGUUAGCCAAGAGAAUGGCAAACCUGUCUCAGAUUUACACUCAAAGAGCCUACAUGAGACCGCUCGGUGUGAUACUCACGUUUAUCUCGGUAGAUGAGGAGUUAGGGCCUUCCAUCUACAAGUGUGACCCCGCUGGUUACUAUGUUGGUUACAAAGCAACUGCUACAGGACCUAAGCAACAGGAAUUAACAAGUGCCCUAGAAAAAUAUUUCAAAAAGAAGAAAGGCGAUCAUCUCGAGGAAGAAUCCUGGGAAAAAGUUGUCGAGUUUGGUAUCACUCAAAUGAUUGAUUCCCUUGGUACUGAAUUUAACAACAAGGACUUAGAGGUCGGUGUUGCAGUGAAGGAUAAGUUUUUCACCCUAACUCCUGACGAAAUUGAAGAGAGAUUGGUUACCAUCGCUGAGCAGGACUAG